CGCGACGGGACAACGGGACGCUCGUACCUCGGAUGGUCCGAGUUCGUUUACCUGGGUGCGUGCGCUUCUUUAUAAGUAUACGGUACGGGGAUGCCGCCACAACGACAGUCGGUUCGGAGACCGCAUUCCAAGUCUCGAACUGGCUGUCGAGUCUGCAAGUCCAGGAGAGUAAAAUGUGACGAGACAAGACCGUCUUGUCGAAGGUGUCAAACUCAUGGAGUGCAAUGCGACUUUCUCCUCGAGACAGACACGAGGCCUGCAGCGCACUACAAUCGAGAUGCGCUCUCUAUACACCAACUGACUUCCCCAUCUGUAGCCUCAACACCCGAGGCAUCCCAAAGCUCCACGACAUGGUUUACUAUUUCCGAACUGGAACUGUUCCAUCACUUUAUUACCUCAACUAGCAUGACUUUGUCCAGCGAUCCAAUCGCUCGUAACUUUUGGCGAGUCAAUGUGCCUCAAUUAGGGUUUUCACAUCCAUUUCUGCUCAAGGCUGUCUUUUCGAUAGCUGCUCUGCAUCUCGCCCGGUUGCGGCCGCAACAAAGGGACAGUCUAGUUGAACAGUCCUUGAUGUAUUAUAAUGCUGCGUCUUCAACCGCAUUGCCAUUAAUACCAAAUGCUACCGGCGAGAGUUUCCCGCCGAUUUUCCAUUUCAGCGUUCUUACGACUAUUAUCACCUUUGCCAGACCUCGAACUCCUGAUAAUCUUCUCUUAGUCUCCAAUGAUAUUCUCCCAGACUGGCUGCUUGUCACUCGCGGCGUUCGGAUAUUACUUCAGUCCGAGGGAGACGCCGUUUUAUCCAUGUCUAGCCUAGAUGCGCUGUUCUACAUGGGUAUGCAACUUUCGAACCAGUGGGAGAAUGAGAGCGAGGAGCAUGAGAGUCUGAAUGAGUUAGAGAAUAAUAUCCGAAGUUAUUCGCAGCCACAUAAAGUGGCCGAUCUCUGUUAUGGAAUAUCGACAUUAAAGCGCUGUUUUAACCUCUUCUUCAAGACCGGGCUCUCUGAAGAAGAACGAAUGAGAAGUGCGCUCAUGUGGCUAGUCAGAGUCCCUGACCCAUUUGUUGAGCUGCUCAAAAGCCAUGAUAGCGAGGCAUUAUGCGUACUGGCGUUCUUCUGUGUGCUCUUGAAUCGGAUGGAGCAUCUAUGGUGGGUUGAGGGGUGGGCAUUUCACUUGAUCGAGCGAAUAUACUCCACGCUAGACAGUAGGCACCGCCUUUGGAUCCGGUGGCCACUCGAAGAGAUUGGCUGGGCUCCUUAAUUGGCUUACAUUGUUCGCGCAUGCUACGUGGGUGUCAGAAUUGGCGUUGAGAGAAUCAUGGUUCUAUAUUGCUGCAAGACCACGACACAUGGCGACACUGACGUAAUCUGAUAUUUGUUAAUUGUUGGAUAUCAUGCUACACAUCGGAAUGAAUAUAAUUGCCUCUCAUGGGAAUACCUGAUGAAGACAAGGGAAUGUGGUUUGGUAGGUCUC